AUGGCGCCCAUCCAGUCCCGAGCGGGGGUCACCGAGAAUCCCGCUGUGUUUCUGCUGGCUGCGUGGCUACUCCUUCCUGCUUCCACUCUGCCCAAGCACCGUCUCUCGCCAGGCAGCUUCAAGUCUCUGACCCUCAGCUUCCGCAUGGAGAUCUCGGCCACGCUGCUGGGAUGCCCUGUAGACCUCUGCAGGUCUGCGAUUGUUCCCGACCAGUCAGCUAAUCCUUUCCGUGUGUCUGGGGACCUGGAUGUCUUCUUGCUCAGACACCAGGAGCGGAAUAAGUCUCUAUCGGAUCGGGAGCAGAAGAAGCAGCUGCGGGUGCACGAGAAGAUGACCUACUCGUCCAACGUGGCGGCCAAGCACGCCAGCCUGCGGCGCGAGCUGCAGCUGGAGGACGAGGUGGCGGAGCAGGGGGCGCGUGCAGAGCAGCUACGCAUCUUCCACGAGCAAACGGCCUGGAAGCUCUCCAUGACCCGAGAAAGGAAGAUGGAACCUGAUGACAUACACAGCUACAUCACCCAGAAGCGGCAAACGUUCCUCCUCCAGUACGCCCUGGAUAUGAAGCGGAACGAGAUCCAGCGGCUGGAGAGGCUGGCGGCCAAGGAGGAGGCCAAGCUGGAGCGGGCGGAGAAGUUUCUGGAGAAGGACGCUGCUCGAUUUGAAGAGUUCCUCAGGGAAAACGACCGCAGCUCCCUGCAGGCCCUGAGAGCGGCUGAGAAGGAGACCAGAGCGAAGAUGGAGACGGUCCUGGAGAUCCGCGAUCUGACCAACCAGAUCACGAUCGUCAAGAGUGAAAUCUCCAAAUUUGAAGAUACUCUGCAGCGUUACAAGAUCUACAAGGAUUUCCUGUACAAGCUGUCGCCCAAGGAGUGGCUGGAGGGACAGGAGAGAAAGCGCUUAUCUCUCACGAGCACCAGGGAGGCGGUCGAGGAGAACGUGCUGUUCUCUACACUCCGGGACAAAGGACCAGAGAUCAAGGGCCAGACGGAUCUCAGAGAGGAGCAGGGCCCAGAGAAGGCCACCAAGCUCCUGCAGGUGCCGCAGCUGAGGCAGGUCCGGCCCAGCACUGUCAGCCACCAGGGGGGCCCCCGGCCCAGUGGGCCUGGCAGGCUGGGCCCCAGGGCCUGUUCCACCCUCCCCGUGCAGGAGGACCCAGACAGCGACGGGGAGGAGCUGCAGCUGUACUUCACGGAGCCCCAGCAGCUCCUGGAUGUCUUCGUGAACCUGGAAGAGCAGAACCUCUUACUGGUCCAGAACACCCAGGAGAUGGAGGAGGCCUUGGAAGAGCUGAGCUUCACCCUGAAAAACACCCAGAUCCGCAUGGAGCGGGAGGUCAGCCAACUGAAGCAGUGGAUCAGCACGCUGAUGAUGUCCGUCGCCAGGGAGGAGGAGACAGCCACGGAGCUGGAGCUCAAAGCUCGCAUAUUCCAUUUCGGCGAGUACAAGGGUGAUCAGGAGGACAAGCUGCUGGAGAGCCUGAACCGCAAGGUGCUGGACGUGUACCAGCACUGUGUCGGCAGCCAGCAGGAGUCCAGCCUGGGCACCGUGAAGAUGCUGGCCACCAUCGAGCACCAGCUGAACGAGCUGCUCGAGAACCUGGAGCGGGUGCCCCAGGUGAGGGUCGAGCAGGCCGAGAAAGCCAAGGAGAAGGAGCGCCAUUUGAGACUCCGGGAAGAGAAGCUAAUGCUGCAGAAGCAACUGCAGGAGGAACGUGUACAGCGGGCCCGGGCCCGGGCCCAGGCUGAGGUCAAGAAGAAGAGGGGCAGGAGGCUGGUGUGCCGCUCGCGGCCACCUGCCCUGCAGAGCAAGGAGGCGCCCAGGCACGAGCUGGUGGACAAGGACCAGGUGGAAUGGCUGUUCUUCUUCACAUAGCCCACGGGCCACCUGCUGCCUAAGGAGAAGCAGAGGCGGCGGGGCUGACGCCCCAGGACACGCCAGCACUGGCGCCAUGCCCCCCGCUCCCACGCCGUCCCUUCAGUCUCACGCGAAAUAAAAGCUAUGUCGCUCUGG